GCCAAAAUGAAUAACGCGCUGCGGCUAUCUCGUUCGGUUUUGCAGUCAGCUGAUUCCUCGCUUAAAUGUAGUAUGGUGAUCUGCCAUGGUUUGUUGGGUUCCAAGAAUAAUUGGAAGAGUAUUUCUAAUGCGUUAGCUCAGAAAAACUGUGGAACUAUUGUGGCCGUUGAUUUACGUAAUCACGGAAGUAGCCCACAUUCCAGUGAUAUGAACUAUUUUAAUAUGGCUGAAGAUAUACACAUGGUUGUAGAUGACCUCAGCCUGCGUAGCGUAUGCUUGGUUGGUCAUAGUAUGGGCGGCAAAGCGGUUAUGUGCGCAGCUCUAAUGAAAGUAGUUAUCUUUUAAAUGAUUAUUAGCCAGCCAGAAAGAUCUAAUGUCUUCUGUGGAUUUGAAAGCUUUGGGACACAAAAUAAUGGGAAUAUAGGAAUGGUCCGAAAUUCAUUAAUGAAAGAAUGGGAUAAAACAGUCCCGAAUCCUACAAUGCGCGCGUUUCUUCUAACAAAUCUUGGAGAAAAAGAUGGAGAGAUAUUUUGGAAGGUGAAUCUUAAGGCAAUUAAAAGCUGUUGGAAUCAGAUAACAGACUUUCCUGCGGAAUUGAGUGGUCGUGUUUUCAACCAACCUGUGAUGUUUGUUGCAGCAAGCGAUGGAAAGUAUUUAGGACAAUCAGAUUUACCAUCUGUACGCAAAUAUUUCCCUCAAGCAAAAAUUGUUCAGAUUGCUAACACCGGUCAUUGGGUUCACUUUGAUGCUCCAAAUACAGUGACCAACUUGAUUACAUCUUUCAUGUUAGAUAAAUCAUUUGAUCCUACCUCAUUUGCAGAUGUUAAAGAGAUUAAAUAACAACAAAAAUGGUAUACUGUCAGUAUGUAAUCGAUAAGAGAAGGAAGACAAACUUAUUUCUAUAGUUUUUGUCUUUUCGUUAAUUCUUCGAUUAUUGUGUAUUAAACUUGUCAUAAAGGGGUUUGGUGUUAUUCAUUUAUGGCAUUAAAGUUGGCUGCAGUUCUGAAUAAUGUGACUGGCAUUUGAUAAUGAAUAAACUAAUUAGUAGACUUUCAAAG